AUGAGGAAAUCUUAGUAUGCUGACUUACUAGAAUCAGACGAUAGAUAGAACUAAGGAUCGGAAUCAUCUGAAUACUAGGUAGAAUCGAUAAAUUAGAGGGGAUGUUAGUCAGCUAGUGCUGAUGCCAAACGUUACCACAAAAUCCCUUUAAAAACGUAAAUUUUGUUAUUUUAGAUGGUAUUUGUUAAUGGAAAGCGAAUAAAGCAAGUUGCCAAGUCUUUGGGUAUAAAUUACUCAAGUGCAAAAUCAUUGAUUCAUUAUUAUAAAAAUAAUAAAAGACCGAUCCCAUCUGCAAUUUCAAGUAUUUUGAAUCAAGCCAAGCCUUGUGGAAUAAAAAAGACUAAGCAUGGCAAUAAAAAUAUGUUUGUUGUCGUUCAGAUUCAAAAGAACACCAUUAAAUAAUACAAUUUUUAUUAAUUACUCUAAUAACAACAAAACCCUUGA